UGUCGCACACGUCUAAUUUAUAUGCACUUCCACGGUUCCCACCAACGGGACAUCUCCUGAGCCCAGUGCAAAAAUCCUAAAGGCCCCGUUUGCCUAUCUGCUUACUCGGAGAGCACAAUUUCGAGUCCGGCAACCGUUACAGAUAAGUAGCGUGAAUGUCAUGAGUGAUCCGUGAGGCUAAUCAUGCGACUAGCUGCAGCAAGGAUAAUGAACAUUUCGCGUGACUAGUGAGUCGGUUCUAAAGUGCACUGUGCUGCGGCGACGCGUGUGCAAAGGCAACCGAUCAAAGUGCAUGCUGGGCAAUUCCUAAUUAGAUGCGCCUUUCAGGCGAAGUGUUUGUAAUCCGGCUUAGAUUAAGUGGCAUCAAAUUACUCAAUUCAUAGGUGUUUCGUGUGAUUUAUAAUUCGCUAAGUCGGUUGCAAUUUAAGUGCUCAGUGGUGUAUAUAAUACUUAAUAUCAGAGCGUUCCUGAUUAGAUGGGUGAUGGUAACCGCCGAUGAGACGGUUGAUUUUACAUUUCAAUAAAAGUGCAAUGAAGCGUGAUGUGAUGUAAUUUUCACUGAAUCAUGUUGAUCCAACGGAAUGGAAACUGCCUGUAAUCAUUAAUUUACACAGCUCACAGCGAGUGAUACGAAAAAUCAACGUCAACCGUGAUUGUGAAAUGUCUCUUUAUGUUUGGUGACAAAUAGUUGCAGAAGUUUGGAAAGAUCCCAAACAAGUCAUUUUGUUGAAUUUAGGUGAAGUUGCUUCAAAGUGAACCAUGUUUGUGCGAAUUGUGCCAUGCUUCCCUGGAUUAUUCCUCUUCUUACUCUUCUACGGAGUACAGGAUUCUCUCAGUUCGUAUUCGACUACUACGACACCGACUGGCAUGCCCACAUAUUUCGAUUUUGACGUCCCACGUAAUUUAACCGUAACGGUUGGUCAAACAGGAUUUCUCCACUGUCGAGUUGAGGGAUUGGGAGACAAAGACGUAUCAUGGAUUCGCAAACGUGAUCUACACAUUCUGACAGUCGGCGUUUCUACAUACACGUCAGAUCAAAGAUUUCAGGUUAUUCGAGCUGAAAACUCUCCGAACUGGACUCUGCAAAUAAAAUAUCCACAGCCGAGGGACUCCGGAGUAUACGAAUGUCAAGUCAACAGUGAACCGAAAAUGUCCUUGUCGUAUUUCUUCAACGUCGUAGAACUCAAGGCAAACAUAUCAGGAACACCUGAUUUAUAUGUGAAAUCGGGAAGUGAUAUCAACUUAACCUGCAGGAUACCGCAAGGACCACAUGAGCUGGGGAAUAUAUUCUGGUACAAAGGGAACGAAAUCAUAGACACUGCAGUAAACCAAAAUGAACUAGAUUCCAAUCGCGGAAUUACGGUGGAAAAUGACUGGUUGGACGGCCUGACAUCAAGAUUAAAGAUAAGAAGAGCUUCUUCUAACGAUACUGGAAAUUACACAUGUGUGCCGACCAUAGCAAAAUCAGCAAGUGUAUACGUGCACGUCAUCAUCGGUGAACACCCAGCCGCAAUGCAGCACAAUUCAGCUGGAUCAAAUUCACGAACCAGGAGUGGAUCUCAAGUCGGAAUAUUGCUUUUAGGAUGCCUUCAAUUAAUUUUAGUUCAAUUUAAAUGGAGCAUUUACUUCCACCGGCAAACCUGCGAAGGGCCCGAUUACAGAUGAAGUCUACAGCGGCCACUGUUGCCAGCCUAGUUACAUGUAGCUUCAGCCGAAUAACCGACGUUUUUCAACUCUAUGAGGCAUUAACAGUAUUUUCAGUGUAAAUAUUCAUUAAACUUUAAUAAAAAUUUGUAGAUAAAUUUAACGCAAGAGUGAGUGAUAAGUAACAAGAAAAUAUAAUUUAUCGUGAAGAAUAAGUCAACAAACGCAUAAACUCAAAAUACAUACACUCCGUCAUGAAAUUAUAAAACCAACUACUUUUCCAAAGUUCAAAUUAAAAGAAAGUAAGAAGCUAGUUGUCAUCCGCUGAAAGAGCAUAUUCAAAAACAUUUAAAAUGGUUUUUAAAAAGAACAUUGUAUUAUCUAUCUUUUCCUCGCAGUUUGAUGGAUUUUGGUCCAUUCGCGAGAAAUGGUCGUGCAAAAAUCUCAUACAUUUGGAUAUAGUGGCCCACAACUGUGAUAUAUAAAAGGUCGACAAUUUGGGUUUAUGGGAGGGGAGUUGGCAAGUCAAUUCAGAUAUUUUUCAUUUCUGAAGAUUAGCUAACCUUUCGGAGAUCACGCGUGUUCCACGAAAGUUCUUAUAGCCCAUGAAAAUUAUUUUUUUGGUAGAAAAACCAACCAUAAUAUAAAACCUUUCAACUGCAAUUUUAAAAUAUAGCAAAAACAUUAUUCUAUAUUUUUUAAUUGAAUUCGUCAUGACCGAAAUAAUGGUGUGCAAAUGUAAGCCCAUAUGUUAGACAGUUCGCUUUGAAAGCAAGCAGAUUGCUGCAUAACUGAAAUUUGACACAAAAUUUUUUACAUAGUCACACGAGGGUGGAAAAUAAUUCGAUUUUAAAACCCUGUCAAUAUUUCAAUUUC